GGUGUUUAUUUUGAAAAACAUGCAACCCCGGAACUAAAUCUCUGUUUGUAAUGUUAGCGCUCUACACAUUGCUGUUUUGUAAUGACUAUAUUUACUGCUCAAAAUGAGCGGUGUAAACCAAAGGACUUUGUUCCAGACUUGGGGUACUUCGGCUCCUCAAAAGGCUAACCAAACGAACAAUGUUGCAAAGAAGACAACUGCAGUUGGGCGGCGAAAACCCACCCCAAGCGCUACCACAGGAACAGCCAAGAAUCAGUACAGGACGACUGACACAACGCUGACUACAAGAAGCUCGCUCUGGAGUGAAAUUGGCCCGGACUCCACAGCUCACUGCAACGCAAAAGAUUCUGCUGCAUAUGAAGAUGAAGAUGACGAUGAUGACUUGAUGGUAGUAGCUGUCUACGAAGCUGAGAAAUCUCUGUCAGUUGAUGCCAGCUUUGAACAAGACACUGUAGCUGUGUCAGUAGCUACUGACACUGUAGCUACUGAGAGCACAACUAUCACGCCAACUCCUGUAAGUGGAGUGUGUUAUAAAGACUUUCCCGGUAUUGACAGCUCAUCAGUCCAAGUAUGGAUCUAUCCUACGAACUACCAAAUCAGGGAAUACCAGCUCAAAAUAUCCGAGGCAGCGUUGUUCCAGAACACCCUGGUUUGCUUGCCCACUGGCCUGGGCAAGACCUUCAUUGCUUCUGUGGUGAUGUACAACUUCUACCGCUGGUAUCCUGCAGGGAAGAUAGUCUUCAUGGCACCCACAAAGCCUCUUGUAGCACAACAGAUAGAGGCAUGCUACAAAGUUAUGGGGAUUCCACAAACUCAUAUGGCUGAGAUGACAGGAAACACUCCUGCCCAGCAGCGCCAGCUGCUGUGGAAGACGAAGCGUGUGUUCUUCCUGACACCUCAGGUCAUGGUAAACGACCUGUCCAGAGACACAUGCCCAGCCGUGCAGGUGAAGUGUGUGGUGUUCGACGAGGCCCACAAGGCUCUGGGAAACCAGGCCUACUGCCAGGUGAUCAGACAGCUGGGCAGCCAGACCCAGCAGUUCCGUGUCCUGGCUCUCAGUGCCACCCCAGGGGGAGACAUCAGGGCGGUGCAGCAAGUCAUCUCGAACCUGCUGAUAUCCCACAUCGAGCUUCGUUCUGAGGAGAGCCCAGACCUCCAGGCCUACUCCCAUCAGCGCAGCCUGGAGAAGGUCAUAGUCCCUCUGGGAGAGGUCCUCACUGCCUACCAAGCUACCUACCUCCAGGUCCUGGAGAGGUUUACGUCCAGGCUGAUCCAGACCAGGGUCCUGUCCUCCAGGGAUCUGCGUUCCCUGACCAAGUACCAGCUCAUCCUGGCCAGAGAGCAGUUCCGUAGGAACCCUCCACCCCACGUCAGGGGGGGCCAACAGGGGGCGCUGGAGGGUGACUUUGCCCUGUGCAUCAGCCUGUACCACGGCUACGAGCUGCUGAUGGCCAUGGGCCUGCGCUCGCUCUACGUUUACAUCCAGGGCAUCAUGGACGGCACAAGGGAGAUGUCCCGGGCCAGGAAUGAGCUCCAGAGGAACCCGACCUUCGUGGACCUCUAUAAGGAGAUGGAGAACAUGUUCCUCAAGUCUGCAGGUCCAGGGGAGCAGUUUAUCUACAGCCACCCGAAGCUUCUGAAGCUGGAGGAGGUAGUUCUGCAACACUUCAAAACCUGGGCUGAAAACUCACAUUCAGACCUCGGCUCUGCCAGCAGGCAGCAGGAAGUGAGCACUCGUGUGAUGAUCUUCUCGUCGUUCCGCGAGAGCGUGCAGGAGAUUGCCGCCAUGUUGAACCGACACCAGCACGUCAUCAGGGUCAUGACCUUCAUGGGCCAGGCCUCUGCAGGGAAGGUCAAAGGGUUCACCCAGAAGGAACAGCUGGAAGUGGUGCGGCGUUUCCGUGAGGGAGGCUUCAACACUCUGGUGUCCACUUGUGUAGGGGAGGAGGGGCUGGACAUCGGAGAGGUCGACCUCAUCAUCUGCUUCGACGCUCAGAAGAGCCCGAUCCGAUUGGUCCAGAGAAUGGGUCGCACAGGACGCAAGCGCCAGGGCAGGAUCGUGGUGAUCCUGUCAGAGGGCAGAGAGGAACGGAUGCUGCCCCCGGGAGUGCAGCCCACCCUGCACAAGAUGCACAUCAGCUGCGGACAGUUUGACCACGGGGAGGCCGGCCGGAAGUCAUCCCGCAGACGCCGGUCUCACGAAGAGGGACAAGAUUCCCUCGUCCAUCCUCACAACCUAGUGACCUACCCAGCGACUGGAAAGAAAGAUGGCUACCUCACCACGUCUGAGUACUCCCUAUGGGCGUCGACCAUGAAGCUGGAUGAGAAUGAGGCCCCGCCCACACUCAGGCCAUCUCACUUCCUGUCCCUACCCGGGGACAUGCCCCCUCCAGUGGCUCCAGGGGCCAGGAUCCUGUCACUGUGGGAGUGGAGGCACUGGCAGAACCGCCCCCUCCCCACCCACACAGUGGAGCACUCAGCCCGCUGCCUCCACUUCACCAGCAUCAUGGAGCUGACAGACAGCCUGCGACAGGACGACGAGGGCGAGUGCAGGCAUGAACAGCAGCUGCUGACCCACCUGGUCCAGGCUGAUGUGGCGGGCCUGAGUGAAGACACCAACAGGACCACGAAAGACAGAAGACAGAGGAACACCAUGACCUCCUCCAAGACCUCCAAGCCCUCCUCCAAGACCUCCAAGCCCUCCUCCAAGCCCUCCUCCAAGACCUCCUCCAAGACUUCCACCAAGACCUCCGCCUUCACCUCGAGCCAGAGACAGGGUUCCUCCUCCACAGAUUUGGACGGCCUCGAGGGAGAGCAGGAGAGGGCUUCCAGAGGAAGGGCGUCUGUUGUCUCACCAUGGACCUUCAUAUCCCACAGAGACCAAGAUGAACCGGACCCAGACGCCACAGAUCACCCGGGCACAGGGGGCCACUGGCCAAUCACAAAUAGAGAAGAUGACUUUGUCAUGGUUACGGAAAAGACUGGCAGCUCAGAGGGCCAAUCCCCAGCUCUGGGGAAAGUGGAGGGUUUAUCCCAUCUGAACACCGAUACUGAGAAGGAAGAACGUGACACAGAAGAGGACUCUGAAUUAGAGGGCUUGUUUUAUGUUCCUACAAGGAGUACUGCUGCCUCAUCCAAACCCCUACACCUCAGACACAAAACCGAGAGUCUGAGGGCCAUUCUCUCCAACGUAGCUGAACUUCUGUCCAGGUCACCGCCUCCUUUGAACUUUGCCCUCGACAGUUCAUUCUUCGCCCAAGCUCACACCUCUCUCGACACCACCUCUAGCCCCACCAGCAUCACAGGGACAACUUCCCCUCUGACAUCUGACCUUAAGAGUCCUGUACAUGAGCCAGUUCCCACCUCCACCACCACAAGCUCCCGGUCCCAACCCCAACCACCUUCACCAUCCGGGGCAGGGAUUGAGGAUCACCAAGGGUUUCAGGUCAACUUUUGCCUGGAGGUGGAGGAGGACUGGCUGGAGUCUGACUCUCCUGCCUCCACCCAUCCCUCUCCUCCAUAUCCUGCCUCUACUGGUGUGAUGACUGAGGCUCAUCCCUGUGAGAACCAGUAUGAAGAACCUCUACCAAAUGCCUCCACCCACAGACGGAGCAAGCCCAGUCCUCCGCAGAGACCUCAUCCACCCUCCCCACCUCCAGCUAGUCAUGUAGAGGGGGAGGACACAGCUUCAUUCAGCCCCAGCUGGGACGAGGUCUUCGGGGACGAGGGAGAUGACGACCUCAGGGACGAUGGAGGGAUUGUCGACGUGGAGGAUGUGGAGGUUAAGAACGACACUACGAAAGAGGACAUGGACCUGACGGAUGAUGUUAUGGAUGAGUUUGUGGACUUCAAGGAGCCUUGCCUGCCCUCUACCCCCACAGCCCUCCCUCCCAGUCCCCCUGGCCCACAUCAGGGUGCAGCCAGGCUGGAUGAGAGCAUGGACCUGUUUGGGGAUGACGAGGUCUUCCUUGAGAUGAGCCUUCCUGAUAUCCCUACACCUGCUAGAACUGCCCCACACACACCUGCUACACACACACCUAGAACUGCCCCACACACACCUGCUACAAGAACUGCCCCACACACACCUGCUACACACACACCUAGAACUGCCCCACACACACCUGCUACACACACACCUGCUAUACACACACCUGCUACACACACACCUAGAACCGCCCCACACACACCUGCUACACACACACCUAGAACCGCCCCACACACACCUGCUACACACACACCUAGAACCGCCCCACACACACCUGCUACUCAUACACCUAGAACACUCCUUCACACCAUGAGUAACACCACACACACACACGGGACCACAGGAUCACACACAGGGAAACCCACACACGCACUCAACGUAUCACAUAGUGUCACACGCACACCAGAUACCAAGACCAUUCCAAGCCCCACACACGAACCAAACUGUACAAAUAUAUCCCCCACAUCCAUGGCUCAGGAAAGGAAGGGAGAGACAGAUGGAAUGGAGGGAUGGCACAGAGGAGAGACCGAGAGAGACCUGGCCGUGCUGGACCACAGCUCUCCCCCAGCCCAGCACUCUGAAGGCUUCAACCUCUCUCAGGACUUUUUCUCCGUGAACUUUGACCUGGGGUAUUCUCUGGAGGACUCUGAGGAGGAGGGGGAGGAGGAAGCAGCUGCUUCCACACAUAGUGCCUCCCUGCUGGGGCAGGAAGUCCAGGAGGACCCCCUCUCCCAGGCGCUGGACCAGAAGAUCCCCGGCUCCUCCACUCCUUCUGGUGGCUUUCCCAGAGCGGGCGUGUUCAGGCUGUCCACUCCGCUGGCGGGCCCUGGAGGAAACAGGAAGUCGACGACAUCGCCUCUGACCUCCAAGCCGGGUGCUCUCCCUUCUCCAAUCACGUCACUGGGAGUGAGACGAGCUCUCGUGCCCCUCCCCCACAGCCCCUCUGGCCACGCCCCCUCAUCAUCUGUCCUGAAGCGGAAGCAUCAGGAGGGCGGGGAAAGGGCGGAGUCUGGGGAGAGGGCGGAGUCUGGGAAGAGGGAGGAGUCUGACAGGAUGGAGGACAGCGUGUGUCAGGGACUUCUCCAACACACAGUCCUGAGCAGCAGUGACAGUGACGAGGAGGUGAUUGGUCGUAAACGGGGUCGCCAGAUCAAGCCGGCCAACCCGCUGUCGUCUCCUGAGGAUGUGUCCAAGUCUCACCUUCAGGAGAUGGACUCUCCCUUCCUGGUCACCAGGAAAAGAGCUGCCGCUAUCAACAUCUCAGGUGAGACCCAGCUGGAGGUUCUGUCAGACGAUGACUUCCAGACCAAUAUGUCGGUCCUCCGCCCCCCCACCAGACCCCCCCGCCCCCCACAUCUCCACGGGAACAAGCCGUCCGCCAAGAAUGCCGUGCGACGAGGGGGCUGUCAGUUCCUGGACGAGGAGGCGGAGCUAUCUGAGGAGGAGGAGGGUGGGGCUGUGUCCUCGGAUGAAGACGAUGAUGAUGAUCAGAACCACUCCCUGGAGGGCUUUGUUGUGGACAACACACACCUCUCACAGGGACUCAAUGACUCGGAGAUGCAUGGGGUGUAUCUGAAGUCCGUGAGGAGUCCUGGUCUGGCUGGGAGGUGGAAGAUGCUCUCCAGACAGCAGCAGCAGCAGCGCAUGGACAUCUUCUCCCAGGUGCCACAGCUGGAUGAGUCAUACGAGGAGGACAGCUUUGUGGUUCACGGAAGCGAUGAUGAAGACCAGGAGGAGGAGGAAGUGGAGGAGGAGGAGGAGGAGAGGGGUGCAGGGUUGGGGCGGGUGGAGCUGAUCCCUGAGGACUCGUACGUUGAGGGGAGGAGACAGUACCCGACCAGACGCAGGGCCUUCAUCAGACAGGCCCGGGCAGGGGCGGGGGCCGGAGCGCUGGCGGGCGAUCCCCGAGUCCAAACCAAGCGCUCCCGCAUCGUUCGCAUGGAGGACUCCAGUGAGGAGGAGAUGGAGGAGGAGAGGCGCAGGAGCAGGAAGGAGAGGAGAGGGGUGGACGAGGAGGAGGACAGGAGCGUGGAACGUCUCCGAUCUGAGAGGGACUCUACUGCCCUCUGCAGGACGGUGGAGGUGCAUCAGGGCCAGGCGUGGAUGGUGAAGAAGCCCUCCCAGCCCCGGGCCUCCUCCUCCUCCUCUUUAUCCUGCACAGCAGCACAGUCGUCCUCCUGUCACCCUGAUGCUCCCAGAGCACUGUCUCUCAGUGCAAGACUGGCUGCUUCAAAGGCCUCUUCUCUGCCCUCCUCCACAGCCAAACCUCCUCCUCUCCCCUCCUCCACAGCAGCUCCCCCCCCUCCUCUCCUCUCCUCCUCCAGCAGGGUCCACUCUGGGAGUGUGCUGAGGCCUGACCCGACCAAGGACCAGCAGGAGGAGAGGUGUCGUCUAAGGUUCCAGAACCAGGCUCUUCUCUCCGAACAGCUGGACUUUGAGGAGUCUGAGUCUCUGCUGAAAUCUUGGAAACCUCCUCAGGCCACCAGCCUCUCGUCCCCCUCGGUCAGCCUGGCUCAGGCUUCUGUCAGACAGGCAGCAGCCCCAGGCGAGCCCCAGGCUGCGUGCGGCCCUGUCUCUAUCCUGGUGGACGGUCGCUCCAUCAGUAGUGGUGUGGAUGUGGUCACCUGCCUGCGUCAGAGGCAUGGCGCCUGCGUGCAGGUGGCCUCUCUGGGCGGCUGCGACUUCAUCCUCAGCAACCGCAUGGCCGUGCAGAGGCUCAGCCAAUCGGAUCUGGCCUCCAUGCCGAAUCGCAAACGGCUGGUGGAGAAGAUGGCCGUCCUCCAGGGUCUCUUCGACCGCAUCUGUGUUGUUGUGGAGAGGGAGCGCACCAAACCUGGUGAAACAGUGAGGCCGUUCCAAAGAACCCGUUACUAUGACAACACCCUGGCGGCGCUGGUCCAUAGCGGGGUGAGGUUGCUUUGGAGCGACGGCCCGGAAGGGACGGCAGGCCUGCUGAUAGAGAUGAGCCAGCUGGAGCGUAGAAAGGGUCAGGCCAUAUCCGUGCCCCUAGAGGUCAAAGGUCAACACAGACAGCAGGCACUCCAGUUCUACUUGACCCUGCCCUGCGUCAGCUACGUCACUGCCCUCAACAUGACUCUCAGCUUCCGAUCUGUGGCCCAGCUGGUCAACAGCUCCCUGGCUGUUCUCCAGAAGGGAGCAUGUGUGAGCUGUUCCAGGGCCGAAGAGAUUUUCCGCUGUCUGCACUACUCCUGCGACUCCGCCCUCAUGACCUCCACCACCUCCACCACCACCAGGAACCUCCUGUAGUCUGUCAGAGCACCACCACCUCCAGGAACCUCCUGUAGUCUGUCAGAGCACCACCACCACCAGGAACCUCCUGUAGUCUGUCAGAGCACCACCACAUCCAGGAACCUCCUGUAGUCUGUCAGAGCACCACCACAUCCAGGAACCUCCUGUAGUCUGUCAGAGCACCACCACAUCCAGGAACCUCCUGUAGUCUGUCAGAGCACCACCACUUCCAGGAACCUCCUGUAGUCUGUCAGAGCACCACCACAUCCAGGAACCUCCUGUAGUCUGUCAGAGCACCACCACAUCCAGGAACCUCCUGUAGUCUGUCAGAGCACCACCACAUCCAGGAACCUCCUGUAGUCUGUCAGAGCACCACCACUUCCAGGAACCUCCUGUAGUCUGUCAGAGCACCACCACAUCCAGGAACCUCCUGUAGUCUGUCAGAGCACCACCACAUCCAGGAACCUCCUGUAGUCUGUCAGAGCACCACCACAUCCAGGAACCUCCUGUAGUCUGUCAGAGCACCACCACAUCCAGGAACCUCCUGUAGUCUGUCAGAGCACCACCACUUCCAGGAACCUCCUGUAGUCUGUCAGAGCACCACCACAUCCAGGAACCUCCUGUAUGUCAGAGCGCAGCUUCUGUAGGCCGUCUGUGUCUCUGUGGACCUGAGGAGACAAGGAACAGUGGUCUCCUGGGAAACCAUCUCCCCCACUUACCUCUUCCUCUCUUGCUGUUUUUGCACACAGGAAUUAAGAUUUGAUCAAAGUUUAUACUUGAGAAAACUUGAAUAUGUUUACUGUACAUUAUUUUUUUCAUAAAAAAAAUAUAUUUGUGAAAAUACUACACGUUUCCUUUUUCUUCUUUUUUUUCUCAAAUAAUGGUGUAAUCACUUUGUAAAAUAAAUUAAAAAUAUAAAUCAAAUAUGCCAUUCACAUUUCUGUAAUAAAACAAA